UACCGUUUUUACCCCCCACACUUACUUAAAACUGUAGCCUCUGCUUUAAUACUCGUUCCCGGUGUCCGAAAGAACAAAAAAAAAAAAAAAAAUCACUCAUUUGGCAGUUGUUGCUUGUUGUUCUGAGAAGGGGACUACACAUGGCUUCAUCCGUUUCUCCCCAACAAGACGAGGUUCUAGUAGAAGCAAACAGCUUUGCAAGAACACUAACCUUAAACAGGCCUAAGCAGCUCAAUGCCCUUUCAUUUCAGAUGAUUUCUCGGUUAUUGGAACUUUUUCUUGCCUAUGAGGAGGAUCCUAAUGUCAAGCUGGUAAUAGUGAAGGGAAAAGGAAGAGCAUUUUGUGCUGGUGGAGAUGUUGCAGCUGUAGUACGUGAUAUUAGGGCAGAUUGUUGGAAAGCAGGUGCCAACUUUUUUUUGAAGGAGUUCACCUUAAACUAUUUGAUGGCAACCUAUAGCAAACCACAGGUUUCAAUUCUUAAUGGAAUUGUUAUGGGAGGUGGAGCUGGUGCUUCAGUGCAUGGUAGAUUCCGUGUUGCAACUGAGAAUUCGGUUUUUGCAAUGCCUGAAACUGCUUUGGGACUCUUCCCAGAUGUAGGAGCCUCAUAUUUCUUGUCAAGACUCCCUGGAUUUUUUGGAGAAUACGUUGGUCUUACUGGCUCAAGGUUGGAUGGUGCAGAAAUGCUUGCAUGUGGCCUUGCAACUCACUUUGUUCCUUCAGCAAAAUUACCCAUGUUAGAAGCUGCAUUAUGUGAUGUAGAUUCCAGUGAUCCAGCAAUCAUUUCAUCAAUUAUUGAUCAAUACUGUGAGCAACCUUCAUUGAAUGAGCAGAGUGUGUACAAUAGAUUAGAUGUCAUUGAUAGAUGCUUCUCUCAAAAAACAGUUGAAGAAAUUUUAUCUGCUCUUGAGAGGGAGGUUGUUCACCGAAUGGACGGUUGGAUCUCUGCUACAAUUCAAACACUUAAAAAGGCUUCACCAACAAGUCUUAAAAUUUCUCUUAGAUCAAUUAGAAAAGGGAGGCUCCAAGGCGUGGGUCCAUGCCUUGUUCGUGAGUAUAGAAUGGUGUGUCAUGUCAUGCGGGGAGAAGUCAGCAAAGACUUUUUUGAGGGUUGCAGGGCUCUAUUACUGGAUAAGGAUAAGAACCCAAAGUGGGAGCCGUCCAAAUUGGAGCUUAUUGCUGAUGGUACAGUUGACUGCUAUUUCUCCAAGGUGAACAAUGAAGAUUGGGAAGAUCUAAAGCUUCCCACUAGAUCCAAGUUCAACUUGCCACCGUUUGCUAUUGCAAAGCUUUAGAUGACAUUUAAAAUGGUGUUGAGUAUAGGGCAGAAAGAUGUAAUAAGCUGUCAUGUCACUCCUUGAUGAGUAAUAAGCUGCUAUGGGCAUUUUAUGCAACAUAACUCUGAAUUCAUAUGAGCCCAAUAGAAAAUUACCACAGUUAAUUGUUCUCUAUAUAUAUGUGGAGGGGGUGUUUUUCAUUCUCUAUUUGAAGCAGCAUGGGCAUGGCAGUAGUCAUUCAUUCUCCUCUCCUGUUUGGCAAAAUAGUUCUUGCAAACACCAUCUGACUGGAGGCUGCGUGAAAGUUGAAAAACAAUAAACAAAAAACUUUAUUCUCAACUUAAAGUUACCAAUAUAAGAAAUGGGCUAAACUUUCGACCAAGUGGGGUAAGAUGUCAUUCAUAGG